CAACCAAAGCCCUAAGUAGACUGCUGGUAACUUCAACGGAAACGCACCAGUAUUUAAACGCGCUGCACCAGCAGCAGAGCUCAUAACAACUUUGCAUCGUAUCGUAUAAGAGGAACCGAUAAGUCUAGGACUAGAAGCUCACAAAUUCAAGAUGAAGAUAUCCAUAACAACAGUGACCCUUCUUAUUGGUAUUUUACAAGUUCAUGUCAUGGUGGCUACAGUUGCAGUUUCACCUGAUCCGGAGAUGACGUGUAACUCCUGCUGCCAGGGGCCAGCCGGUACACCGGGAAUUCCCGGGUCAAAUGGAAACCAUGGCCAGCAUGGGACAGCAGGUCCAAGAGGUGAAGCAGGCUCUCCUGGUGGGGUAGGUCAACCCGGUGCCAAGGGAGACAUGGGGUCAGAUGGACCGGUUGGUGAGCCAGGUGCUAAAGGGGAAAAUGGACUGAAGGGAGAGCAAGGAGUCGGUCAACCAGGGAAACAAGGACCUCAAGGUCUGCCUGGGACGAAUGGUCUGAAGGGGGAGAGAGGUGAACCUGGACCAGCUGGACAGACUGGUGAAGCAUGUAGUACGCGACGGUCCGCCUUCACUGCAGUUAGGAAUACCGCGUAUAGCCCUACAACUGGCUGGGAUCCCCUGCCCUUCGAAGAAUUAUUGUUUUCAGCGGCAGGGGUUAACUUUCAUUUGAAUAGUGGUACAUUUACAUGCACUGUGGCAGGGGUAUACGUAUUUAUGUUCUCAGUUCUGAAGUUAAACAGUGCGCCUGUCUUAGAGAUUCAGCUGAGAAAAAACAAUGACCCUGUUGUUACAACGUCCGUAUACGCUGCAAAUUAUGAUCAAGAGAGUGGCAGUGCGGUUAUUCCUCUGCUCAAUGAAGAUCAAGUUCACUUAGCUGUGAGCGGUAAAGUAUACAGUGACGUUCGCCAUUUUUCGUCUUUUACUGGAUUCUUGUUGUACGAAAUCUAAAUCAAUCAGAGAAACAUACAACGUUUUUUUUACGCAAACUAAAGUUAUAUUUUACAGUUUAACAAAUAACAACAAUCAGUUGUAGCAUGAAGGCGGGACAGUUUGUUUUAGACUGAUUUAUAAUUACUAAAUUACUAAAUAAUUCAUUACUAAUAAUU